GCGCGUUGGCGGCGGGCGCGGUGCCCGAGCGCUGGUGCCAGGCGGGGAGGUGCCGUAACGGGCACUGCGCUGCUUGUCCAUGGGCAGCCCAGCGGAGCAGGGCGUGGGGAGCCAACGACCCCCAGAUGGAAUGCAAGAAGCAGUUGGUGAGGAGUCAAGAAGGUUUACCAAAGAGCAGAUAUUUACAAUGAUUGCAACAGCCUCUAUAAACUUCAGUUCCAUGAUAUGCUAUUCAAUUCUGGGACCGUUUUUCCCUUCAGAGGCAGAAAAAAAAGGUGCCAGUAACACCGUCAUUGGCAUGAUUUUUGGAUGUUUUGCUUUGGUCAAUGUCUUGGCUUCUUUAAUAUUGGGAAAAUAUCUUACGCAGAUUGGAGCAAAAUUCAUGUUUGUGGCAGGGAUGUUUGUUUCAGGAUGUGUGACCAUUCUGUUUGGAAUGCUGGACAAGGUACCAAAUGGAACAGUGUUCAUCAGUUUGUGCUUUUUAGUAAGAGCAAUGGAUGCAGUAGGUUUUGCAGCAGCAAUUACAGCAUCAUUUUCAAUCCUUGCAAAGGCAUUUCCAAAUAAUAUUGCUACUGUGCUGGGCAGCCUUGAAAUUUUUACAGGACUUGGAAUGGUACUGGGCCCACCCUUAGGUGGCUUUUUGUAUCAAUCGUUUGGCUAUGGGGUCCCUUUCAUUACACUGGGAUGUGUAGUGUUGGUCUUGGUUCCUUUGAAUAUAUGCAUAUUACCAAAAUACGAUUCACUCCCUAGCAAGGACUCCUUUUGGAAGCUCAUUCGUUUGCCAAAAGUCUCACUACUCUGUCUUACUAUAUUUUGUUUAAGUGCAUGCUUGGGCUUUUUGGAUCCCACAAUGUCUCUGUUUAUACUAAAAAAGUUCAAACUCCCAGCUGGUUAUGUGGGCUUGGUAUUCCUUGGUUUGGCACUCUCAUACUCCCUAUCUUCUCCCAUCCUUGGGCUCGUAAGCGACAAACUGCCUUACCUGAGGAAGUGGCUGCUGGUAUCUGGAGGCUCACUGACAGCACUGUGCUUUUUCAUGUUAGGACCUGCUCCAGUACUGCAUAUUGAAAGUCAGCUGUGGAUGUUUGUGCUAGUGCUGGUUUUCAUUGGCUUUUCCCUUGGCAUGAGCUUUAUUCCAGUGUUUCCAGAGAUACUCCAGUGUGCAUAUGAGAAUGGAUUUGAAGAAGGUCUGAGUCUGCUGGGGCUGGUGUCUGGGCUCUUCAGUGCCAUGUGGUCCCUUGGGGCAUUUGCAGGUCCCACUCUAGGAGGAUUUCUAAAUGAUAAACUGGGUUUUGAAUGGGCCUCAGCCAUCCAAGGAGGAUGGGCACUGUUAAGUGCUCUUGCAAUUGGAAUAUUCUAUAUCAUUGAGGCAACAAGGAGAAGUUCCAGUUCCAGUCUGCAAAAUCUAUCUGUUAAUAAUGAAGAAAGAACUCAUCUGAUGGGCAGUGAAACAUAGUUGGGUAUACUUUCAAUCAUCUGUUAACUAUUGUGGUUUAACGUAGUGUUGAGUUCAGUGGACUUCAGAGUGUUUCAUUAUUCUGGAGCUGGAAUACACAAUCCCUCAAUCAACAACCAGUUGUAACUGCAUUACCGUUUUGAAACACUAAACACUGAGUGCCUUUCUUUUGGAUUGGCUGAAGUGAUGAGUAACCCUCAGACAUCAUCCUGUUUAGUUGUGUUACAUAUUCAGUGCAUCACUUGAUGUGAAGGUGUGUUUUCAAAUUUCUGGUUUCUGUACUUGAGCCUUCUGUGCAUUAUUCCUGGGUAAAGCUAAUAUUUUGCUACCAUGAUUUUCUGUAUUUUUCUAGAGAAAGUAUAUUAUCUUGUAAUACUUUAACUGAUAACAUAAAAAGUGGAAACAGAAUUCAAAAUGGCUAAACAUUAAGCACAAUAUUGUUUUCAAUAAAGCAACAUUUUUUCCC